CGUCAUCCCCAUCUCCAUCCCCAUUUGCACUCUAGGUACCUACUUAUUUCACGCGACAUUCGACGCGCCAAGUGGCUAAAACCAUUGUCACCCUCGCACCGAGGGUUUAACCACCAGACAUUGAUCUUUCAAAUGCCGAUAUCACGCCCACCCCCAAGAGACACUAUGGACAAUAACGCGAGCCCGUCUCCGGAUCCUGAUGCGACAACGCGUCGCCGAUCGGGACGCGUCGUGAGGGCACCCACCAAAUUUACUCCUGAUACUACAACUCAAUCGACAAAUCCAAAGCGCAAGCGAGACGAUCAGGAUGACGAAGAAGAGGACGAAGAGGAAGAUGCAGAAAAUGAAGCCCCCGAUUCAGAUGAGGAGAUGAGCAACGAGCCCGACAAUGACAGCGAUGAAGACCAUUUUGCACCGCGCUCUCGAAAGAAGUCGUCGCAAACAAGUCGCGCAAAGAAGCCUUCAGCCAAAAAGCCCAAGAUCAAUGGUUCCAAGCCUUUGCGGCCUGCGCGAGUGACCCACGCAGCCAAAAGUCUCCCGAGCAGACCUAAGAAGAGUGUUCGUAUUGAAGACGCUGCUGUGAAAGGGCAUGGGCUCUACUCCCAUCUAUUCGGAUCGGGUGAUUCUAGCAAAUCGGUGGCAGAAGAAUGGCUGGCUAGUUAUAAGAUAAACGCAGUCGCAGCCACUGCUGACCUGGUGAACUGCAUCCUUCAAUGCGCUGGCUGUGAUCAGCUCAUCACAGAAGACGACGUUUUAGACUUAGACAACGUUGCAGGACGACUGGCAGAUCUUCAGAGCAUUUACCAAGAGCAACAAAUUACCGACUAUCCUCUCAUCUCCAGAACCAAACAUUCACGAUCCUUCCGAGACGUGCUCAUCUCCUUCUUCGAAUGUCUCAUUGUUGAUAUGCACCAAUGUCGUCUUAUGUACAGGGACGAAACAUUUCUUGACAACCUGCAUACAUGGCUUGCUAGCAUGUCCUCAUCAUCACUACGACCCUUCCGCCAUACCGCAACUACUAUAUCUUUGGCAGUCCAGAGUGCGCUGGUCACUGUCGCUAACGAUCUGGACUACAGACUCAAGAAGAGCACUGAAAAGCGUGACAAGGAACAGACCAACAAAGACCGCAAAGCUUGCGCGGAUGCCAUCCAGUCUUUUUUCGACACUGUUUUUGUGCAUCGUUACCGAGAUGUCGACCCCAAGAUUCGAACUGAGUGUGUGGAAGCACUCGGGAACUGGAUCAUUUCCCUGCCUGUCAUCUUCCUUGAGCCGGGCUACCUCCGGUAUCUUGGCUGGAUGCUGUCAGAUACCAAUGCACCCACUCGUCUCGAGGUCUUGAAGCAGCUUACCAAAGUCUUUCGAAGAGACGCCGGGCAGCUGGGCCACUUUAUUGAUAGAUUUCGCCCGCGAUUGGUUGAAAUGGCUUGCAAAGAUUCCGAUGUCGCUGUUCGCGUCGCAGCAAUUGGCGUUAUUGACGUCCUCCGCGACCAAGAUCUCUUAGAAGGCGAAGAGGUAGACGCCAUUGGGAAGCUCAUAUUUGACAAUGAACUCAGAAUUCGAAAGGCGGUUGUUGGGUUCUUCGUCGCAUGCACUAGAGAUGCUAUCAGUGAAAAGACCAAAGAACUGCGUGAUUCUGAAGCUACAGAGGACAUACCCCGGGGGAAGAAAGCCUCUGUUGACGCCCCCCGUUUGGAAUGGAUUGACCUAAAGUGCCUUGCUGAAACCCUUGCUAUCUAUGACAAUCAGAUCGAGGAGGAGCACCAAAGUGGUCAGAUAUUGGGAUUGGAUGUUGCGGUUGAUCUUUUGGAGUCUGCUGUUCCAGAGACCAGGAUCUCGCUGGCAGCCCAAGUUCUAUUCGAGAAGGUCAAUGCGAUUAAGCAGUGGACACUCUUGGCAGGAUAUUUGCUCUUUGAUCACACAACCAGUUCAAAAUCGCGAUCCAAGGGAAGCAAUCCAGAUAUUGCGUUCAAGAAGGCUGUCGCACCUACUACCGAGGAAGAAUCGAUCCUCCUGGAUGUGUUGAGCUCAGCAGUAAAAUCCAGCCUGACACAUGCGCCUGAACACGACAGAUCAAGAAAGAAGCCACAGACAGGCAAAGAAGCCGAGGAUGUACGAAUAAGCCCUGAAGAUACAGCAGCCGAGCUGGUCAUUGUAAUCCCCCCUCUUCUAAGCAAGUUUGGAGCAGAGCCAGACACAGCCGCGAUUGUUCUUCGCCUGGCGCAUUUUCUCGAUCUUGAGCUUUUCAAGCCACUACGUCAAAACACAAACAGAUACGAAAAGCUGCUCGACGAAAUCGUCACACAGUUUAACCGACACGAUGAUAAGAGAGUUUUGUCAGAAGCAACUGCGGCGUUAUUGCAUUCGCGACAGUAUGGAGAGUUGGAGGAAAUCGCAGACAAUAAGCUAUCAUACUUGUGGGAAACUGCCAUCACUUCUCUACACAACUUUGACAAAACCUAUGAGCUCUCAUCGCGAGGUAAUCUAGGCGAGGCACCUCUCAGGGAAUUGUCAACAGUUCUUCUCAAAAUCAGCAAGCUGGCAAGCAUUGCAGACUGUAUCGAUGUCCUAGAGGCUGACGAAGACUCAUCCGAAUCAACAACAAACCCUCCCAUUCAAAUACUAGCCAAUAUUGUCCAUCGCGGCAAGUAUGAGCCUCUCGACGACCAAGACAUUGACGAUCUCGAGGAUGAGGUGGUCUCAUUUGCGAUCAAGACCUGCCAAUUCUACUUUAUGUGGAAGACGUUAGCUUAUUCCAAACUCCUGUCCACGACUGGCAGUAUCGCAGAUGGUGAGCUUGAUCGACUAUCGGCACUUCGCCAAACUUUCCGCCGGCAUCUUAUUGAAACCCUGUCAUCACGCGCUGCCAUUGACCAACUGAGAUUAUUCGCUACUGGCAGCCUGUGUGACCUUCACCUUACCUUCGCCACCCUUCGCCCAACUGUUGAUCAACUCCGGCCUUCGUCCAGUUCUGAGUCACAACCCUCGAACGGCGAGAAAUACAAGACAUUGAUUCAAGAUAUCGAAUCCGGCCUCAUUCCUGAGUUGAUUGCUAUCUUUGACGGCACCGAAAAACAGUAUGCCAAGAAGAUAAAGAAGGACAAAACCCUAAAUGAGCCAGCUGAAGACGAAGAUCCUAUGGCUGAUGAUGAAGACGAAGAGGACGAGGAUGAGGAUGAGGGUCUUUCCGAGGAAGAGCGUUUCACUGCCGAACUCAAGGCCGAAAAAGCUUUGUGCGAACUCACCGCAAAAUACGUCCUUGUGAUUACUGCUCGCCUGGUGGAUCAUAAGGGCUCACACGCAGGCAAGCUAAGGCGGCGUCUUCUUCGCAACCAAAACAAACUUGGCAACAAUUUCAAAGAAGUCGUUACCUACCUUGACGAAGAGAAGUUGGCCGAGCGGACAAGAAAAAAGGCCGCCCAUUCACAGGCUUCAACAAGCACCAAACCUCAAAAGGCCCAGCUUAGCGAAGCCGUUAUAAUUGGAGAGGAUGACGAGGAUGACAUCUUUGAUGACACGCCGCCACCAGAGGAGGGCUCCAGAGAAGAUCUCCGCGCAAAGGGUCUUCUUGAGGAUGAUCCAAUCGAAGACGAUGACGAAAAUGAAGAUGAAGAAGCGGAACGACCAGCUCACGAAUCAGACGAUGAUGUUAUAGGGGAUUAGACACAACGAGUUUGACCUCUCACAUGGUGGACACAUAGCUAUUGCGACUUUCGGCAGAAAUGAUGUGCGGUUUCUUUCCAUUUUGUGAAUAAGGCGGUAUAGUUUCGGAUGGUUCCUUUGCUUUUUCUGGUUUCUGUAUGUAGCCUCUUGCCAGUUUGGACUUACAUGCUGGAGUCUGGGUAUGCGGCAGAGGACUUGAAUUUAGGGCGUCAAAAGACUGCGUGUACAAAACAUCUAUAGUCAUUGCAAAACCAGAACAACUUCGCCUCGGUCUAAUCGCUUUUAACUCCUAUUUGGAAAAACUUGCCAGCGAACACUGUAAGAUCAGGACCUGAACAUGACUUUUCCCUCCCCAUACGCCUGAUAAACACGAAC